AACACUUGCGAGCUCUGAAUCUAUGCUAUCCACCGAUGAAAGUGUUGCCAGCGUAUCGGCACGCGCUCAAGAGUCUCCGGUUCCUGAUCGUUUUACGAUUGACGCUAGAGGGCGAUGCUACUCCGUGGUUUCUGGGUUCCACAACAGAAGAGAAUCACCCUUACUUGACACACAUCCACGUUACGGCUCACAGUAUCAGCGAUCAUUUCAGCGAGUCCCUCGAAACACCACAUCUUCAACACUUGGGAAUCGAGUCAAUUUCGUCGCGAGCACCUUUCACUGACACUGGCUUGUCCCGGGUUUACGCCUGUUGUCCACUUUUGAAAUUCCUGUUUUUGUCG